UUUGUCUUAGAAAAUAGCCUUUUGGCCUUAAUAUUUUACUAGAAAAUGGGGCAAAAUAACCUCGUUUUAUUUAAUACAACGUCUUAUAUUUAUAUCCUUAAUUUUUGCUCGAAAGAGGAUUUUUUGGGUACUUUUUUUUCCCCAUCAAUAUCUCUUAGAAUUGCUAUUUCUGAGCCAUUUAUUGCUAAAAGCUCUUUUGAUGGGAGGUUUAUUGCGAUUUCUAUGGAUUCUGUUUAUUUAUAUGAUUUAAAGGACCUAGAAAAGGCCAUUGUUGUACCAAACUCAGAAAAUGUUAAACACUUUGUUUUUGGAGAAGAUUCUGAUGAUUUUUUUUUUAUCAAUGAGAAGGGUCAAAUAAUGAAUUAUAAUAUUAGGAUUAAUAAGAAUUUACCGUUAGAGACUCAAAAAAGGCAUCCAUCACCUAUAACAUUUAUGACAAUGUCAAAAGAUUCUAAGUUUAUUUUAACGGUUUCAGAAAAUCCAUCUAUUAUUUUUGUUCAAGAUCGUAAUACUGGAUUAAUUAAUAAAAUAAUAUCUGGUAUAGUUUUUUCGAAUGUUACUAAUGGAAUUUUUCAUCCUCGAAGAUCUAAUAUUUUUCUUCUUCAUUUUUUAAAUGGAGCACUUGGGUUUUAUGAUGUUAAAAAACCUAUGCAGCCUAUAUUUGAGAUAAAAGAUCUUUCUGUCACAUCUGCAUCGUUUUUGCCUAAUGAAAAUUCGUCUGCUAUUUGUACUGAUUUAAAUGGACAAGUUUCUAUUAUUGAUUUUGAAAAAAGAAAUGUUCAAGUAAAAUGGUCAAUAGAUUUUUUUAGUGAUUUAUUGUCUGUUAAAGAAUUGAAUGGAGGGUGGAAUGUUUUUAUUGCAUCUAACGAGAAAUGCUUUUACUUUAAUCAAGAAGGUUUAAAACUUUCUGAAUAUUCUUUUGAUAGUUCAGAAAAAAUUAUUCAUAUUUCAACAUUGGCAAAUGAUAUAUAUAUUUCUGAAGAAUUUUCAGAUAUUGUUAUUGAAAAAUCGAAUCUUAAAGUGUCUAGAUCAUUAUUUUCUACAGAUAUGCAAGAUUGUUCUCCUGGAGAAGAAAUACAAUCUUUAGAUAAUAGAUUUUUGAAUUCGCUUUUUUUAGAAGACAAUGUUUCGAAAAGUACAAUUGAUGGAACUCAUUCUGAAAUUAAAAAGAAAUUUCAUAAAAAUCAAAAUAAUGUAUACAAUAAAAAGGAGCUGCAUGGUUCUAAUAAAAGAAUAUCAGGUAAUAAUUUAUCAAUUGUUUCAAUUGGCAAAGAAAACAUACCUCUUGAAAAUUCUACUAAAAAAAUAUCUGCAACAAAUAUGCUUUCAAAAGAUUCCUUUACAACUAUUUUCCCUAAUAAUAUACUUUCGCCGACUAAGAUUCAUGAGAUUAGACCAGGAUUUAAAUUUGAAACUCCAAAAAGUUCUAAAAAAAUACUCAAGUCUUUUACAAAACGUUCUGGUAAACGGGAUUUUCAGAUAAAUGAAAUAAUUUUAGAGAAUUCGUCUGAAAAAAACAUAAAAACGCCAUCUACUACUCCUGAUAUAUGGCUUAAGUUUGAAAAUAAUCAGAAUACAGAUAUUAAAACUCCUACUGUAGAUCGUUUGACAUUAGGAAAACAUGUUCAAAAUUCAGAAGCCGAUGAUUUGAUGAAAACUUCUGAUGUAUCAUCGUCAUCUUUCAAGUCUCAAAAAUCUGACGUAUUUUUAACAAAAGAAUUACAAUCUGAUUUAAAAAAAUCUGAUUUUUUUUCUGACAAUAUGUUAACAUUUAAAGAUAUGCUUUUAGAGAGCCAAAAAGGAAUACGCCAAGAUAUUCAGAAUUUGCAUGUUGAAUUAAUAAAACAAUUUAUGUUACAAAAAUUGGAGUUUGAGAAGAUAUUGAAGUUUAAGAAUAAAGAAAUUAAAAAUUUGAAAAAAGAAAAUAGGAAACUUGCUCAUGAAUUAAAUGUAUAUAGAGGAUAUCAUUAAUAAAAAAUAAUUUAAAUAUAUG